GAUGGCCUGGAAACCAAAAUCUCUGAUGCCUAAGCUGAUCAUAGGCUCAAAGUUCUAAGCCCAUCACCCGCCUGAGCCUUCAAGCCCUCACUACAGCAGAGCACAGAGACAGACAUUCUCCCCACAAAAACAAACUCGAAAACAGAAGCCACCUUUUCACCACCUUACCCUGCAUUAGCCUCACUCUUUUGGUGACCUCACUAGCUUAGAGCCCGCAGUGCUUCUAUUUCCCCACCUCCACCGUGCAGCCCCACUUACCCGCCUUCGCCUGCUUUCUCCUCCUUCCCUUCCCACCUCUGAGCAUGCUCUGAGGCUGUCCUUCCUCCUGACGCAAGUCCUAGACCGGCCCCUAACCUCCUUAACCAAGAUGCCUUGUGUGCCCAUUGGAUCCCCACAGUUUCACCUUACGAAUUUCUCCUAGCUCACUCUUCAUCCACUCAUUCAAUAAAAAUGUACUUGCUCGCCAUGCUGUGCCACUUAGUACUUGGGGCGUGGCCACCUCUAAUGCCUCUGUUCAAGCUUCUUUGCUGCCAUGCCUCCCCCUGAGCCCUGAAUGUGGGUUCCUCAGCACAGGGCCUACAUCCUGGUUUUUUUCUUGCUCUCCUCCAAGGAACACCCAAGGGCUAUGCCAUUUAACAGACAUUGAGCUCCUGCUCUGGUUGACACUCAUCCAAUGACAAGGGACCCGCUGAAGGAGCAAAAGUUAAGGGACCAAUAUGGUCAGUGGGAGGUCCUCUUAUUCUCUACGAUGACAAGCUUGGUGGUGGGAGGGGCAGAGAGGAGGCCCGCGGUCCAUCCUAACUUCCCUGCUCCAGGACCCAGUCCAACUCUCAGCUGGGAGCUCUAAGAAUUUGAAAUCAGGACAGGAUCCUGGAGGUCGUCUGGUCCAACUGUCCUGUUAAUGCGUGAACCACAGCCCAUACCUCCUAGGCAGGCUCAGUGCUCUGUCCACUGCUGCUUCCUAAAACCGCAAGUUGAUCUGAAAUUUGAACCUGGUGCUUCUCAAAUCCAAGUCCUUCCUGUUGUCUAAUCUGAGUCCCUCACAUUACACUUGGUCAAUUUCAUCUUGUCCUGCCUUCAUCAGCACAGAGCAUGUAGGGCAGGUCUUCAUCACGUGCAACCCUUCGCAGGCUUGCUAACACCCCUCUGGGAACCUCUCUGGUCAUGUCUUCCCUGUGUCCAACCCAGACCCCUCUUGCUGCCGCAUCGGCUGUUUUCUAUUUUUGCUGUGCUGCUGCCCCACAGUCCUCUCUGGUAUGACGGAUCUCCAUAUCCUAUCCACCCUCCACUCCCCUGUCCCUUGGUGACUCAUCCCUGAGCUUCCCAAGGAAGCCCCCACCCUCUGCCCUUUCCUCCUGCCUUCCAUGAGUGGAAAAUCCACCUCCGCCCCCUAUAGCAGGCCAGCCCCCUUCCUCCCCAGUCUCCGACCCCAUCCCCCCACCGACCAGUUUCCUCUCCAGGACCAGGGAGCAAUCACAGCUGCCCCGACCUUGGCUUCCUCUGCUGGGUGGGAUUGGGGGCUGGGCCCCCAAAUGGGCCCCUGGCUUCCCCCUUCCUCUGGGCAGGGGACAGAGAGGCACAGGCUCGGGGAGCAGGACUGACUUCCUCUUGUCCCGGAAUGAGCAUGCCUGCCCUUUGCAAGCAGGUUUGGGUCUCACGCAGAGGAAACCAAAAGCAAUAAGAGGGAGGGAAGGCAGAGCAACCAAUCAAGGGCAGGGUGAGACUCAAAACGAGAGGGCUCCCUGGGGAGCCAAACAGAGGCUGGGGGUGAUGGCGGAGCUACAGCAGCUGCAGGAGUUUGAGAUCCCCACGGGCCGGGAGGCUCUGAGGGGCAACCACAGUGCCCUGUUGCGGGUCGCUGACUACUGCGAGGACAACUAUGUGCAGGCCACAGACAAGCGGAAGGCACUGGAGGAGACCAUGGCCUUCACUACCCAGGCACUGGCCAGCGUGGCCUACCAGGUGGGCAACCUGGCCGGGCACACUCUGCGCAUGUUGGACCUGCAGGGGGCCGCCCUGCGGCAGGUGGAAGCCCGUGUAAGCAUGCUGGGCCAGAUGGUGAACAUGCAUAUGGAGAAGGUGGCCCGAAGGGAGAUCGGCACCUUAGCCACUGUCCAGCGGCUGCCCCCUGGCCAGAAGGUCAUCGCCCCAGAGAGCCUGCCCCCGCUCACACCCUACUGCAGGAGACCCCUCAACUUUGGCUGCCUGGACGACAUUGGCCAUGGGAUCAAGGACCUCAGCACGCAGCUGUCAAGGACAGGCACCCUGUCUCGAAAGAGCAUCAAGGCCCCUGCCACACCCGCCUCUGCCACCUUGGGGAGACCACCCCGGAUUCCCGAACCAGUGCACCUGCCGGUGGUGCCCGACGGCAGACUCUCCGCCGCCUCCUCCGCCUCUUCCCUGACCUCGGCCGGCAGCGCCGAAGGUGUCGGUGGGGCCUCCACACCCAAGGGGCAAGCAGCACCUCCAGCCCCACCUCUCCCCAGCUCCUUGGACCCACCUCCUCCACCAGCAGCCGUCGAGGUGUUCCAGUGGCCUCCCACGCUGGAGGAGUUGUCCCCACCCCCACCUGAUGAAGAGCUGCCCCUGCCACUGGACCUGCCUCCUCCUCCACCCCUGGAUGGAGAUGAAUUGGGGCUGCCUCCACCCCCACCAGGAUUUGGGCCUGAUGAGCCCAGCUGGGUGCCUGCCUCAUACUUGGAGAAAGUGGUGACACUGUACCCAUACACCGGCCAGAAGGACAAUGAGCUCUCCUUCUCUGAGGGCACUGUCAUCUGUGUCACUCGCCGCUACUCCGAUGGCUGGUGCGAGGGCGUCAGCUCAGAGGGGACUGGAUUCUUCCCCGGGAACUAUGUGGAGCCCAGCUGCUGACAGCCCAGGGCUCUCUAGGCAGCUGAUGUUUGCACUGAGUGGGUUUCAUGAGCCCCAGGCCAAAACCAGCUCCAGUCACGGCUGGACUGGGUCCACCCACCUCUUGAGCUGUGAGCUGUGUUCUGUCCCUCCUCCCAUCGUUGGGGGAAGGGGUCCUGGGGAGAGAGAAUUUAUCCAGAGGCCUGCUGCAGAUGGGGAAGAGCUGGAAACCAAGAAGUUUGUCAACAGAGGACCCUUACUCCAUGCAGGACAGGGUCUCCUGCUGCAAGUCCCAACUUUGAAUAAAACGGAUGACGUCCUGUGACUGCCCCACAGAGAUAAGGGGCCAGGAGGGAUUGAAAGGCAUCCCCAGUUCUAAGGCUGCCGCUAAUUACAGCCCCCAACCUCCAACCCACCAGCUGCCCCAGAAGCAGCAUCUUCCCAUUUCCUCAGUACCCAAAAAGUGCAGCCCACAUUGGACCCCAGACACCCCUCUGCAGCCAUUGACUGCAACUUGUUCUUUUGCCCAUUG